AUGUUAGGCAAGAUUGAAUUCUUACCAGAAAUACGCAACUUUUUAGAAGCCGGCGAGGAACUUACACUUCCAGAGAUGAAGUUGCCAUCCUCAUCACUACUGUCAAAAAGUUCAUCUAAAAUUGAUUUACUCAAUUCAUUUUUAAAAUCUGCAGUAAAUGACUAUGCCAGAUUCAAAGGAUAUCCAAGAGAUAUUAUUGUGAUAGUUGCUUAUGCUCCAACAACAGAUCAUUCGGAUGAUGAAGUUGAAAUGUUCUACAAACAACUGGAACAAACAUUGAAAGCAUUACCAAAGAAAGAUGUCAAGAUCAUUGUUGGGGACUGGAAUGCUAAAACUGGAAGUGACAACAUUGGAUUUCAAGAAGUAAUGGGAAAAUACGGUGUAGGAGGUAGAAAUGAUAGAGGGGAAAGAUCUACAGUAUCUAUCCUCUUGCAAUCGCAACAAUAUAUUUCUUUAGAAAACUAUCGCUCUUCCUUAGCCACAAUCUAUAACGUCGCAUUAUUAAAAGCAGACUGA